AUGGAGAUCAGAGAAAGUGAUACAAGGAAGACGAAGAAGAUGAGUCGUGAAUCUUCAAUUUUUUCAUCUAUUCUCGCUGAUAUUGAAGAGAAUCCAACGAUAUUGCAGAAACGACAGAUGAAAUUGAGCGAAGAAUUGUCAGUCUUUUCGACAAUUCUCGCUGAUAGUGAUGAAGAGAGUCCAACAAUACUGCAGAAUACGAACAAAAAGGUGAAGAAGACACGAAGAAGAGAAUCAAUGAAGACCCCACUUGACUUCACGUGUACGGUAUCACAAACCCUAACCCAUUCAGAUUUGGUCCAUACUCUCAAUGAAGAAGUGAAGAUUGUGAGAUCUGAAACAGAGAUCAAUGGUCAUACAAGUGAUGAUCGAUUUGUGUCUUGUAACCCUGAUCACAAUAGAGAACGUGAUUGUGUAGAAGAGGGGAAAGUAGAACAACUUGAAGAAGAUAAGUUUCGUGUUGAUGAGGCUAUAGAAUGGCUCUUGAGAGAUGUGAAAGAAUCCGAAAUCUCUACUGAUACUGAAGUUUCGGUGUGCAACGUAGGAGAUGGUGACAUUCUCGAGAUUUUUGAUGAGAUGUUAUCAGCUAUGCUUGGAGAACAGGUGAAUGGUACUGAUGGUUGUGGUCGGAUUGAUGAGUGUAUUGACAAGGUGUUAGAAGAGAUUGAGAGAGAUGGAAGUUACUUACACUACAUUAAAGAUGGUUAUGUGUUUGGAGGGUUGCUUGAGAAUCUGAUAAGAGAUAGACUGAGAGAGAAAGCUGAGAAGGAAGAGAAAGAGAUUUCUUCAUGGAUCUCUAAUGGAGAAUCUGAAGUCGAAACUGGAGUUACAGAAGAAGUGAAAGAAGAAGAAAAGGAUAUUAAGGAGAAGAAGAAGAUGACUCCAGUGGUGGUUAAAAUAGAGAGAGCUGACCAAGAAUCAACUGUGACUAAACAUGAUUGUUUGGAGUAUAAAAGACGGUUGUAUAUGAAUGAGAAACUGAGGGAACGACAUAAGGAGCUGAUGCAGAGGAGAAGGAAAGCUGUUAGAUUUGGUGUGGAGCUGUCGUUUCUUGUGGCGGAAUUAAUGUUUUUGAUACCUAAUGAGAUUCUUUGUGGUGGAACUGGAGAUUGCAGUAUGUUUACAAAGCUAUUUGGGGUCAAUGAAGAUGAUGAGGGUACAAGUGUAAUCAUAAGAAAGCUCGAGGCAGUCUUUGAGAUAGUGAUUUGGAAGAAGGGGAACAAGGAACAUGAUGUCAACCUUCCUGAAUCUAUUUUUCAAUAUGAUGAUUUCAUUCGUCUUUGCGCAGAUGCAACUCGAGUCUUGGGAAAGAUUGUUUGGGCUAUGAAAAGAGACCAAUGUGAAAGACUCGAGCUUUCUGAUUUGGAUUCUCUGUUUGAAGAUUGCCAAAAAGUGUUGAUGAAGAUUGAGCUGAAGCUAGCAGAGAUGAAGCAAAGAGUUUACAGAUCUGUUUCUGCGGAUUAUGAGUCGUUUUCAAAGUCAGAAAGGUCUGAUAGAUUGCUCAAAGAAAAGCUCAUGAAGAGGGUCAUUGCUGAUAACAGAUUUGGGAGAUCAGUGAUUGGAUCUUACUUAGUAGAGAUAUGGCAGUCUCUGUUUCAAGCAGAGGCAUUACAUGAGCAGUGAAAAAUAA